AUGUCAGUGGCUCCACAGACAGGAAAACGUGUUCAAAAGCUUCUUAUAAAAGAGAGAAAGAAGGACAAACAGUAAGCCAAAUAGGAGGAAAUCAAGGUAGGCGAGUCAGAGCUCGAGAUAGAUGAGUCAGAUUAUGAUUUUUUCUCAGAUAAUGAUGAAAAGAAAAAUCAAAAGAAGCGUAAAAGCAAAACCACCUCUAGAAAAUUAUGGAUUCAAUCUGAGGAUGAAGCGAUUGAGAAACUGGUGGAGAAAUAUGGCACAAAGCGAUGGACUUUCAUCGCCCAAAAGUUAAAAGAAGAGUUCAGAAUCAGCGGGCGAACAGGUAAAUAAUGUAGAGAGAGAUGGCACAAUCAUCUUGACCCUGAUAUAAAAAAGGAUCCUAUAAGUCCACAAGAAGAAAAAAGCAUAUUUGAGGCCCAUAAAAGAUAUGGAAACAAAUGGGCUGAAAUCGCAAAAUAACUCCCUGGUCGUUCCGAUAACUGUAUUAAGAAUUAUUACUAUUCUACACUCAGAAAACAUCUGAGAAGGAUCAACAAAAGCCUUAAGUAAUGCCAGAUAGCUAAACGUCUUGGCAUAAAAGUUAAAACGCUCACAGCCGAGUAUCUUUACACUUUGGUCAGAGACAAAAAGGUUUCUUACGAAUCUAUCAAAGAGAUUGAACCUAAGAAGUUUCAAGAUCUUGAGUAUACGAUGAAGCUGAUAUUCAAUCAUGAUGAAGAGUUAGUACCUAACUCAUUGACUCUUGGGAUUCAGCAGCAAUAGAGUCAAAUAUAAAUUAAUCAAAUUCAUUAGCAACAGUAAAGACGUUCACCAAGACUUACUACUAAAAAGAGACUUAAUUAUGCCGAGUAAUUGUCUAACUUGGACAAUAUAUAAGCCUUGAUUACCUUAAUCAAGUAGGACAAAGCUGAAAAUAGCUUAAUUAAUGGGAGAAAAAGGAGAAAGUUGGAACUAUAAUAACAAGAUUCUGAAAUUGAUACAAACAGAGACUAUUAGGAUAUGAACGAUAUGUUAAGUGAUGAAGAUAGCUAAGAGAGAAAGAUAAUCAUAGCCUAGCGAGGUGAUGGCAAGAGACCAAUUAAAAGAACUCCAAAAAUGGAAAUAUACAGCUAAUAAGUAGAAGACAAAAAGGAACCUACUUUAAAAAAAAGACUAAAGAAAAAGAAUUUUAUAAAUCCUGGGGGGAUGAUAUCGAAUCUUAACAAUUCAAAUUUGCAAGUAUCUCAGCAGUAUUCAGAACAGAGUAUGUAAGAUUAAUCCUUACAAAGAAAAGAAAGUAUAUCUGAAAAUGGAUAGAUCUUUUUAUCAACAAUAAAGAAGUAUUAGCAAUAACAGAGAGCAAUGACACAGGAAAAACUUAAGUAGCAAACUCAAGUCUAGUUGUAAUUGUAGCAUCAGUAAGUUUCAUAAAGUAGCCAAAACUCUCACCAUCCAUAGCAGAUUGUCUAGACCUUGCAAAUCUAAAACUAAAGCUCAAGCUUGAGUAUCAAUCAUGUAAACCAGGAUAUGGAGAUCAAAGAAAAGUAAUAAUCUUUGUUCUAUGGCAUAAAUCACUUAGUUUUGAAUGAAAAGUAAAGCUCAAGCGGUAAUUCCAUCAGAAAUUAGCACUCAAUAGCAUAUAAGCAAGUUAUACAGAACAAUCAGGAUGAUCCCAUUUUUGGAAACAGUGGUUCAAUUCCAAUCUAGCAUCACUACGGUUUCAGCUAUCCUUAGAUGAGCCAAACUUCACAGGCAUUUCAGCCAAGCUACAUAAUAACAACAUAACCUCAAAAGUAGCCAUCAGAAUUGCAUAUGGAUUUUCAAAAUUCUAUCAAUUUUUAGCACUCUUAGUCUUAAACUAUGAAUCCACUUAGACACUAAUUUUCAUUAAAUGACCGACUUAUUACUCCAUAGGGUACUUAGUACAACAUUCAUAUUGACUCUACUACCCCAUAAUAGAUAAUAUUCUAAUUUCCAGAAUAAAGAACAAUUCAAUCUCCUAUGUAUCAUCUUCCAUACAAUAACAAAGGUUAUCAGCUAAUGAGGGAAUCACCAAGAGUAUAGCUUAAUUUUAACAAUUCAGGCAGCAUGAAUACAACCUUUUUUGGAGCUCAUGGUCUUUAAAAUCAAGUUGAGCAAAUGCAAAAUUAGCAGUAAAAUUAGUAAUAGCAGCAGCCAUCACAUUAAUAGCAAAAUUAGAAUGUCUAGAAUCAAUAAUAGGCUCCUGAGGAUCGAUAAUAUCUUUAGAGUUAAUUUAAGAUUGAUGUUUAAAAAUCUACUUUUAAUCCAUCAAACCGAGAAAAGUUCAAGCAACAGCAAUAGAAUUUCAUGCAGCAAAACAAUAUCACUACUAUCAAUCUUAAUUAAGAAUCACCAGAUAAAAAGGCAGAUUAAAAUUAAUAAUCCCAAUCUACUGCUGAUCUAAAGAAUAUACAAAUGCAGAUGUCAACUGGUGGACCUAGCAGGAAAUCCUUUGCUGAUGUUAUGAAGAAAAAGUCUACUCCAUUGUUGAACAUUGAAAGUUUACAACCUGAAAAAAUCAAUGUACCAACUUAUCAACAACUGUAGCUCUCUCCCCAAGAAUCAAUUAGUAGCUAAAAUUUCUUUACUUCUAACAUUACUCCUUCGCACAUUAUGGGAGUUAAUGGAUUGAUGCCUUUCUCGUAAAUGAGUUCCUCUCAAACAAAGCAAACACCUUUAAAUAUCUUUGGUGGAAAUAUUAAAAUAGGCAAUACCCUUGGCCUUAAUGAUAUGAGAUUGACUAGCUAACUCUCUGCCUAAAGCCCAAUGAACAAGAAUUAAUAAUGGGUAUAUCAUACCGGAUAGCCCAAGUUGAUCUCACCCCGUCCAUUUGUUAGAGCCUAAGAUUUUGGCCAAGGAGCACUCCACCUUGGUGGUUAAAUUCAAAGAAGCCCUAAUUCAGGUUUUUCACAAUAUUAAAAGUAGUAGAGCAGUAUUCUGACAAAGCCUUAGUAAUAAGUGCAAUAAAAUCAACAACACUCAUAGUCAAAUUAGUUGAUUUCAGACUAAAAGGAUAAUUAGAUACCAACUGCUCAUGAAAAGGACUAAAUAGAGAGUUAAAACUAACAAUGA